AUGUUGCGCGGUGAAGCAGAGCUCUCGUCUACGCGUUGAAUCUGCUGGCUGUCGUAUCGGUAGCUUGGAACUGGAAUUUACCGUUGAAUUUAAGCGAACGACACGACCGUGAGUCGCGAUGCCUGCGAUUUAAGCCAUCAGUGGCACAGCUGACUGCUGUAUUAUGCCCAGGAUUAAAAGCAGAGGCACGGUUCAAGCCUUACAGUACCGGGAAAUCGGCAUUGGGAAGUCUCCAUACAGGUCCAGUCUGAAGAUACUGCGGCUGCUAAUAUGUGACAAACGUUCGACGUUCACGAAGAUUUGGGAAACUCAUUCCAAGUCCCCGAUUGCGUUUGAAGAUGGCCACAUCUACCUUGACAACUACAGGACCUGCUUGGCUUUGUGCGGCAUUAACUCCCUCCCAAGCCCUCUCUACAAGCUGCCCCAGGAGCCGAAAAACAAAAAAAUUGAAGAUGCCUUGGUGUACACAGGGCCGUUGCAUCGGUUGCCUAAACUGGCUAAGGACUGCAGAGCACUGUUCCUCUCGCUGACGGCGGACAACUGGGUCUACUGCCAUGACAAAAUGAACGGCAAGGUCCACCAGGAAAUCUACCUGGGAUCACCGAGCCGUUACAAGUUCAAGCACAUUGACUGGGAGACCCACGGCGAGACCAUCAUUUUGCAGUCCCUGCACAACCACAGCCAUCCGCAGCUCACGCAGCCGGCAGCAAGGAGCAAACCAAGAGUUCUGAUCACCAUAGCAGUGUUUAACAUGUUUCCUAUUCAAUUCAAAGGCAUGCUGGAAAUUGACAGAGCUAUCUUUGGGAAAGAAUGCAACCAUGCCAAUGUUUCAGAGGGCCUCCUUAUUGUUGGUACAGGCAGCACCUUGACCGGGGCAGUGAGGUUAUACAACUUUAGGAACAUUCUUGAAGAAGCAUGCAUGUUUUCGGCUAAGCUCUAUGAGCCUUGCUUAGCGCUGGAUGGAGCUAAAGUCGGAACUUAUCCUGCUGGCCUACCUUUGAACUGCAAGCUCACAGAACCCCCACCAGUUCUUUUCGAGGUAAAGUGCUCGGAGUUCAUGCUACACUUUGGGUGCUACCCUUGGCAUUACAUCUGCAGCCCACCAUCAAGGGAAGGCGUCUUUCAGAUAAAAUCAGUGGAAUCUGAUGAACUGGCUGAGAAUGGACUCCUGGACUUUCCCAAUUCAAGCACAGAGCCAGACUCCAUUGCAUUUCAUCCUGAUGACUCGGGAAGGAUAGUCUACAACUCUUCGCAUUUCAUCAAGAUCUUUCGAUUGAUUACAAACAGCAAAAACAAGCCAUCGCUGAAGGAGUGCUUUGAGAUCACUUUUCGUGAGCAGCCAACUCGAACUUACGAGGUGAUAAACAACAACAAGCCGCCACGACGCAAGUGCAAGACCCUCUAUGAUAUGCACAGCACUCAGUGUGUAGAGAAAAGCCUCUUGUCCGAUGACUAUGAGAACGAGCUAGAGCUGUACAGCGUUCUUGGAUUCGACCCGACGGAUGAGAGCUGCAUGGGAAAAGUAGGUAUCUAUGACAAUGAGACGGGCCACCAGAUCAAGUCUUUCGAAUUGGGCAUGAGCCUUGAUGAGUGCCCCGGCUCUUGCAAGAGACUAAAUUUCUUGACUGUGGCCCUCCAGCUGAGGAUUGCUUCGCCUGCUGACCUUGAAAGCGCCAUGGAACGAAUGCAGAAGCAAGCCACCCUUCGACAAGCCAUCGACGCCAUCAUCGCAGAGAGCAGCGUCUUGCUGCAAGCGCCAGCAACAGCGAUCGGUGAGCUUGAAGAACAUUUGGAAAACCUUGUAGAGCAAGCGAAUGAGCUAAAGGCAGUCAACGACGCCAUCGAGAAGAAGAUUGAUCUACAGGAACUCGAUGCCACGCUAACCGAAUGCAUUGACUAUACAAUAAGAAAAUCACCACUAUGA